AUGGCUCCCAAAGGAUCUUUGUCUGUGAUUCUGGGCAUUCUCGCUGGGGUGGCCUGUGUGCUGCUGACGGCUCCGGACACAUCUCUACGCACGCCCGUGCCAGCUCUAGAGGUCGAACAAAGUUCCCAUGCAACCCAUGGAGCGCCCGUGCUUGAGAGGGUCCUGCUGGCGCAGGGUGCCUUGCCCGCGCUUUUGGUUCUCCCCUCAAUGCCUCCGCGGCAUUGGACGUUGCAUUCCUGGCAGGAGUGCCUCUCGCUCCUGCGCGCCAACAUGGAGCGCUUUGCGGACGGGCGGUGCCACGCCUGCCAUGCGGAAGAGGGACCAGAACUGCGUGGCCUUGAGGCCCAGUUCCACUACCAGCCCCAGCCGCAGCUCCCGGCCUGCACGCCGACGCCACCCACGCCGGGCGCGCCGGCACCGGCUCCAGCGCCGCCGGUUGAGCCGCCGGCGCCGGAACCGGCAGUCAGCACACCCAAACCAGCGCCCUACAUCCUGAAUGUGGGCAAGAAUGGGCUGCCUGUAGCAGACACCCCUCGACCCAAGUGGCUGGUGAAAGAAGAUGAGCUGGUGAUUGAUGCCAGGCCACAGCCCCAUGGCGGCAUGCUCAUUGUUCAGCCUGUGCUGAUGGAUGCGGGCGGCACGUGGGGCAAGAGCAAGGCCGAACGACCCAGGUGGCUUCGAGCAAUCCUUGCCACAAACCGCAAUCAUGCUAGGCUACACGGGCAUGUGGUCAUCCUUCGCUGGCAGCCCACGCAGCCUCAACUGACCAAGUGGCAGAAGCGGCAGUGUAGCGUGAACAAGUUGGACGAAAGGACGUGCACCAAGCACAACGAGCGCGAGAACUUCAACUGGGAAAAGCAUUUGAUGCUGCACGAAUACCUGGUGAGCCCGCAGAACUUCUCGCACGUCCUGAUGCUGGAUGCAGAUGCUGCCUUGGUGAAGCACAGCAUCGACAUUUUGGGCGGCAUCGCCCGAGACAUGGAGAAGAGGAACUUGGAUGUCUUCCUGACAAGCGAAGAUUGGCUGCUGAACGGGGAGAACCGCAUCAACGGCGGCUUCCUGAUGACAAGGAACACCCCGUGGUCACAGAAGCUCUUUCAGGACACCUUUCAAGCACACGUGAAGGGCCCCGGAGGCUUGCGACGUUGGCGCAUCGGACUGCCGGCACAGGAGUGCAGCAGCAAUGAGCAGAUUUGCCUGAAUGACGUCAUGAGCGGCUCCAACAAGGAGCUGGUCAAAGGCCACAUGGCACUGGAAAGCGGUGUCAUUUACAACCGGGGCGGCUGCACUGUGAAGCAUUGCGGGGAGCCCAUAAGCGAUCCCAACAUGGAGGCAAAGGGCAUGAAGGACGAGCGCUUGCAGGUGCUGCACUUCAUGGGGGGCUCGAAGCACUUGGCCCCUGAGGCGCUGUGUGAAGGUGGCAAAGACUACACCGGAGACGGCCCGAAGGGCUACGGCUGCCAUAAGACUGCUCGAGAGCAGAAGGCGGCCAUGUUGGAGCGGGUGCAGCAGAGCCCCCGGAAGACCUUCUGGAGCCCGGCAGAGCGGGACGAGCUGGAGGCCCGGCGGUGCUAUGCCUACGACUGA